CCCCCUUCUGAUGAGUCUUAACACUGCGAUUACUGAGAAGGCUACUGAGGGAACGUGGGUGACUCAACGGAAGAAACUCCUGCCUGGGAAAGGGUGGAGUGAACUGACUCUGCUUUCUCCUUGCCCGCCACACACUUGCUCUCUGGCCAGGAACUUAAAAAAUAAAAUAAAACCUGUCUCAAGGAAAAGCACACAGACAGUGUCCGUGAGGCAGAGGAACUGGUGUUCAAACCAAAGCAGCUGAAAUGCUCUGGCUACUCAAGGCUCCUGGCGCUUGCCUUUUCCUACUACUGCCUGCCGUCCUAGGGGUCAGGUACAGGUUUCCUAAGCGCUCAGUUCGGGUAGGUUUACGCUCCGUUCCACUGCAGGGCAAGACAUUCAUUGGAAAAGCUGCAGCAAGGGCCGAUGAACCCUACUCCGGAGAUACCGAAGGUUAUUCAACAGUCUCCUCUACAGAGGAUAUAUGCCGGAGUCGCCCCAUAGACCUUGUAUUUAUAAUAGACAGCUCCCGCAGUGUCCGGCCUCAGGAGUUUGAAAAAGUGAAAACCUUCUUGGCCAAACUGAUUGAAGCCUUGGAUGUGGGGGAAACAGCGACUCGUGUGGCGGUGGUGAACUAUGCCAGCACAGUCAAGAUUGAAUUUAAUCUUCAGAAGUACUUUGACAAAGCUUCCAUGAAGAAUGCCAUCUAUCACAUCUAUCCGUUGUCUGUGGGGACUAUGACUGGCUUGGCCAUCCAGACAGCCAUCAACGAAAUUUUCACCAGAGACGGAGGGGCAAGGGAUUCUUCCCAUGAUGUCCCUAAGGUGGUCAUUAUUGUGACCGAUGGUCGGCCUCAGGAUCAGGUUCAUGAUGUGGCUUACAAGGCUCGAGCCUCUGGAAUCGAGAUUUAUGCCGUUGGGGUUGACCGAGCGGACAUGGAGUUCUUGCGGCUGAUAGUGAGCGAGCCGGUCAAUGAGCACGUUUCUUAUGUGGAGACCUACGGUGUGAUAGAAAAGCUGGCAUCCAAAUUUCGAGAAACGUUCUGUGCUGGGGAUGUUUGUGCCCUUGGGACCCACAACUGUGAGCAACUUUGUGUGAGUAGCGAUGGCUCCUGGCGCUGUGAAUGCUAUGAAGGAUACACCUUGAAUCCAGACAAGAGAACUUGCACAAGUCAGGAGAGCUGUAUACCUGGGACUCACAAUUGUGAGCAAAUCUGUGUGAGUAGCGAUGGCUCCUGGCAUUGCGAGUGCUUUGAAGGCUACGUCUUGAAUCAAGACAAGAGGACUUGCUCACCUAGAGAAAAGGAUGUUUGCACGACUGGAGACCAUGACUGUGAACAGAUCUGUGUCGCCAGUGGUGACUCUUGGCACUGCGACUGCUUUGAAGGGCACACCUUGAAUCCGGACAAGAGGACCUGUUCAAUUCAUUCUUCAGCUUUGGACGUCUGUGCCCCUGGAACCCACGACUGCCAACAAAUCUGUGUUCCCAGUGGCAGUUCCCAUCGUUGUGAGUGCUAUGAAGGAUUCACCCUGAAUGCAGAUAAGAAAACAUGCUCAAGAGUAGCAAGAAGCCGUCUUCCUUCUAUGACAACGGAAGAGGCCUGUAAAUGUGAAUCACUUGCUAAAUUUCACAAGCUGGCCACUUCAUACCUUGAGGCAAUAUCUACAAAACUAGAUGAUCUGUCCAAGAAAUUAGAAGCAUACGAGUAUGGAGCACAGCAUGUCUAGAGCUGAAGAACCAGCUGCAAUUAAAAACA